AUGGAUGAUUUGGUUACCGGUUUCAGGGGCGAAGCUGGCCCCUUUUAAUUACGGAGUGUCUGGCAGAAUUGCCCUGUCAAAACCAAUGAUGCCCCGCAGCGCCAGCGCUAAUACAAUACAUCACUAAGCUACGUGCAUAAUUGAACUGCCGAUGCCAAUGUACAUGCAUACGAACUGCUUAUUGUUUGCUAGCUGUAAUAAUUUACUUAAUAACUCUACAUUCUAUCGUUUAAAAUUUUACUCAUAAUUCAUUUAUUUAAUUUUGUUGGAAUUUUGCCCAUUUUGAUUGCCCUGCCAAUCGGGAUGAUUUGUAUUUUGGGGGGUGCCACCCCCCCCCCUCCCAUACCCCCUCAAGUUUCGUCCCUGACCGGUUUGCACGGAACAGUGUUUUAAAGCAUACAUUCAACCUACUUACAUUGGCUCUCACUGUAUUCUCGUGUUUUAGAGCUAGCCAAAAUGAAAGGGCGAAAGAUCGUAGGGAUAAAGUGAAUGCGUUUAUUAACGAAUUGGCUACCUUGGUUCCAGGUUGCUCACCACAGCAAAUAAAACUGGAUAAAGCUAUUGUACUUAAAAACACUGUUGAUUUCAUCAAGGUUCAUAAAGGUACGUUAUCUUAAUUAACAUAUUCAAGCAGGGGCGGGGGGACUAUAGCCCCCAGAAGUAAAAGUAGGCGGCUAAGCCCCCCCCCCCCCACACACACACAAAAAGAUUAGAGUAAGACUGUAAUAUGAAGAAUCUUGAUAGCUGCCUAAAAGGCAAAGUGAACAAAAUUACCAACAUUGUGGUUUUUCAGGGGAGCAUUGUCCACCGGACCCCCUACUGGCCCUAGUUUUCAGCCCUUCUAACUUUAGAUUCAUCUUCCUAAGUUACUGCUAUGAUAAUGACAGUUCGAUCAUGUUUUGCCUGUCGUGUUUGCACUUAGCUGAAAACUUACGUACCCAACUUAGCCGACCGAAAUUAGCCUCUCCCCCAAAAAAAUCUGAACCCGUUCUGCCGCCACUGUAUUCCAGAAUUGACACGUACGUCUCUCAAUUAUAGUUUAUGUUUCAAAGAGACAAAUCCUUACCCACUGGGGAUCGUGCAAUGAAUUUGCCUAAAACGAGGAGGGUGCACCCGCACACGGAGGGUGCAGCCGAAUGCAAACGACUAGGAAGUCGAUCCCUACCUCCUCUUUAAAUGUACCGUGGUAUAUGAAUGCUCCAUUAUGUUCUAAUUAUCCGUGAAUCGACGAAGAUGAAACAAAUAAAGUCGUUUCAUGGAAGGUGCCAUGCAUGCAGCGAAUUUCCCCCCCUUGCUCUAGAAUAUGAUAAUAGAGAGGUUAAGAUACCCCGGUUUCGGUGUACGGGUACGAGUAGUGUCAUCUUGUUUUACUGAUGUCUGUAAUUCGAUCAUACUUUUUCUGUUUUCUUGCAUUAAUAGACAAUGAUAUAAUGCGAAAAAUGUGCACCUUAAUGACGAGUAAAGGUACAGACAUCGACGAAAAUAUUGCUAACUAAAAUCAUGCUACACGUACACCGAAACCGGGGUAUCUUAACCUCUCUAUUAAAGGGUUAUUAACCGAAAGCGAGGUCUGUACGGGAAAGUAUUUGCCUGAGGUUUUCGUACAGACCGAGCGACGAAGGAGCGAGUUCUGUGCGGAUAAACCGAAGGCAAAUACUUUCCCGUACAGACCGAGCAAAACGAGGUUAAUAAACCGUUUAUUAUAUGGCUCCUUAAACACAUUUUCUGAUUUUCAUAUAUUGGUUUGAGCGCUAUGAAGGUAUUUUUGAUCUAUGUUUUAUUUGCUAGUUUUCUUCGUUUAGAUUUGGUUUCGUCACCGAAUAUUGUUUACGGAAAAGCAUGUUUAACAAUCGCUUUAGAACUACUUUUUCGGUAACCCCCACCCCCAGAAAAAAUGUUUAUAAACCCAGUUUAUAUGAUAUUUGUUUAGAAUAUGGUAUUAAAGACGUUAAAUUCAUCUUUAUUUAUUUUUUGCAACAAGUAAACAAAUCAAAAAAUGUUCCCGCCAAAACUUACAGUUGCCAGUAAGAGUUCAAACGACUUGUUUUCUUAGCUUUUUCGGUGAAAUUUGUGUUGGUACAAGUACUUAUUAAUAUUUCCAAGACUUCUUAUUCUUAGAAAUGAUCCAAGGAUACUUUUUCUUCACAUAGCGACCUCAUAAACGUGAAAAACGUUUCAAAUUCGAGGCUGUCAAAUUGACAUACGGGAAACCGGUCCGGAUACGGGAAAAUACGGACCACGGUCCGGAUACGCAUUUUACGGACCGCACGUCGACCAAUCAGAAUCCAGGAUUCUGCAAAGCCAUAUAAUAAUAAGGGAAAUGUGGUGGCACAAAAAGAAGCAAAUUAUAGGCCUAUAGAGUAUAGGACAAACCGAAAACGGUAAUUUGGUUUGUCUUUAAUACACAUAUAUACACUGUUAUAUAGUUGAUGAAAUUCAUCAUAAUAGUUCAAGAUAAUUUUAUCUCGAAUUUUAUAUUGUAAUCUGGAUGAAUACAUGCAAAAAUAAUUUAUACAUGCACUUGGUGUUUUGAAUUAUGAAUGAAACCUUAAUCAUGUGCUUUUAUAGAUUUAACAGUAGCUAUUACGUGUAAAGAUACGACACCUUCUCUUCAGAAUAAUGAAGUUAGACAUCUAAUGUUUGAGGUUUGUUUGCUUAUUCCGUAACUAUAGUUAUUCCAAUUUAAAGAAGCGAAUUACAGAGCAAAUAUCUUCUUGAUAUUUUACAUAUAGGUAUUUUUUACACUAUAAGUAAGUCUAUUUGAGUAUAUAUACUUAUGGUUUUGAUGUUUCGUUAAUUGUUGCGAGUAUUUCAUUUUGUUUUACUCAUGUGACGUCAAAGAAUGUAUUAUAAGCCCGCAAUAUUCAUAGUGUGAAUUGCGCACCCAAAAGACGCGUUCAGCGGCCAGAUAAAGUAAUUGCUGCUGACAUUUCAGCUGAGACUCGAGGAUGAAUAAUUUAUAUGUUUUGAACUGUUUAUAAUCAUCCACGGCUGUGCUUAUAUUAGCCACUGACAACAGUACUGUCCAUGCAGUAAAUGCUUUUUAGUAGCAUAUUUUGUUAUUCUUCUGCAGUGUAAAGCAAAAUUAAACAAUUGUUUAAAACUAAUUGUACGUUCUUUGUGAACAACGAUAGAACAGGCAGUCAAUCAGAAAGAACAUAUAUACAAUCAUGCAGUAAUCAUGCAUAUCAUGCAUUUCUAUAGUCUAUCAUUGACACCGAUGCCAUCCACACCAACUACGGACUGAAUUAGCAAGUAUAUAUGAUUAAGUGAACUACUGCAGAAUACCGUGCCAAAAUGCUUGAUUUUUUUCCUGUGUCGGUUUGAUUUAAUUUGCAUCUCAAAUUUUUGAUUAUCAUAUAUAUUAUAGAUCUCACUUGUCAGUAUAAAAUAACAUUUUUUCGGGAACCACCGUUGAAAAGCUGAAUGACUAUAUAAAUUUUAAAAUCAACAUAAAUAUGUUAAAUGGUUUACUUUAUUUUUUUCUCGCAAUUUACACACUUGCAUGAAUUGAGGACUCUGAUGUUUUUCUACACCCUGUAUGCAGUGAUGCAUGCAUUCAUGCAUUGUCAACAUCGAUCGAAGCAUGGAUACAGUCAAGUAUUUCUAAAAUGUAUUCUUAUAUGUAGUUUCAUUUUGAGGGAUUGUAACAAAUAACAAAGUUUUCUAUUUUGAUUAAUUUUAGAUACUGCAUGGUAACGUUUUUCAGCUAUGGCAUAUUUCUUUUUAUUACCUGUUUACUUAUCUUUUUCUGACUUUAGGGUUAUAAUGCUUUCCUUUUCGUCAUUUCACUCUCUGGAACAUUCAAGUUCCUCUCUGAAUGCGUUUAUGACUUGCUUGGUUAUAAGAAGGUAUAGAGUAGCACGAAUUUCUAUAGCUAUAGCUAAUUGUGCUGAAUACUAUAGUCGUAUAACAGUGGCGGACACUUUUCAUGCGAAUUAAAUUUUAGGCUGCAGCCAAAAUAUCCUGACUAAAUAUGCAAGCACUUGCAUGCAUGUGCCUGGAAAUCUCAUGCAGUUAUUAAAAUGUUUGGCUUUGUAAUUUGCUUGAAUAUAGCCGAUCAGGGCUUUCAUGGUGUUCCGAAUUGUUGGGAGGAGCCUAAAGCGCACAGUUAUCAACUAUAUAGCUAUAAGUAUUUACGCGUAUAGUAUAUAGUGGAGAUAUGGAUUAUUGCGAGGAGAUAUGGGUUUAUGCCACUCGAACAUAAAAUCCAUAUCUCCUCGCAACCAUUUAAUGUUCUGUUUAUUAUAUGGACUUAUUCAGAGUGACAAAAAUACACACAAAGACGACAUGUAAAUAAGCACGCGAAAGACCAGUAUAAAAGCGAUAUUUUUUAAAUUUAUAACAAGAAUAAAUUUUACUUAUCUCAAGAUGUCUUUUAAAUGUUUUCGUCUUAUUUCCAACGUUAAUUUCGUUUUAUAUACGAACCAAAGACCAUUUGUAUUUUCAAAACAACACCAAUGAAAAUGGCGGCAAAUUUUCGAUCUUCGUAUGUCAUUCGCAGGGGUGAAAUACGGAAUAAUACGCGCAUCUGGUCCCGCCGUCCCGGAUGUAGUGACGUAUGAGUUCUACGAGUGUUUUAGUUUCCAGUAAAACACCAUUGUCCAUAUAAUAAAAGUAACUAUACGAGCGGAAAGAGAGAAUAUUUUUGAACAUGCGCAUGUUUAACUCUAAUACACGCAUAUAUUAACGCGCAUACAAUGUUGAUGAUGCUCGUGAUGUUUAACUCUAAGUGUAUAUCCACACCGGGCAAGCUUGGAAAAUAUACCUGGCUACGGUGGGAAUCGAACCUACGACCUUGGAAUAUUAGCCCAAUGCUCCGCCAACUGAGCUAUGCGGUCAGGUCGAUUCAAGUAUGUGAUAUUUCGGAACCGAAUCUAGUUCCUUCAAUAUCAAUGUAAUCUAAUAAUCAUGAUUUUUUUCUGUGUUAGUGCAAUGUACUCAGGUGAAUAUAUGAUGCUUGUGAUGUUACUCUGAGUGUAUAUCCCACACCGGGCAAGCUUGAAAAAUAUGCCUGGCCACGGUGUGAAUCGAACCUACGACCUUUGGAAUACUAGCCCAAUGCUCUGCCAACUGAGCUACGCGGUCAGGUCGGUUCGAGUAUGUGAUAUUUCGGAACCGAAUCUAGUUCCUUCGAUAUUAAUGUAAUCUAAUAAUCAUGAUUUUUUUCUGUGUUAGUGCAACGUACUCAUUUUACAUAUUACAUUGAUAUCGAAGGAACUAGAUUCGGUUCCGAAAUAUCACAUACCCGAACCGACCUGACCGCGUAGCUCAGUUGGCAGAACAUUGGGCUAGUAUUCCAAAGGUCGUAGGUUCGAUUCCCACCGUGGACAGGCAUAUUUUUCAAGCUUGCCCGGUGUGGAUAUGCACUCAGAGUAACAUCACAAGCAGCAUGCGCUUACAAGUUGAUACAAGCUGUCUGUUUUAGCCCUUUUAUGACAUUGCAGUCUGUGCACGCCAUAAAUGUUUAACUUUCUCAUGGCGUUCUCGUGAGACUAAUUAUACACACGUGAUUUCUAGAGGUCGCUUGUCCCGUACGUGCAAAUCGACGACAAUGCAAAACGGCCUAUACAGGGUGGCUCAAAAAAAGUAUACCCUUUGAAAUCAAACCUUUGUUGGAAUUUGAAUCCUUAUUACUAUGCUAAACCCACGGGUGCGUAAAAAGGUGUAGCUACCUAGUUUUGUUUAAUACAAUUAAGAUUUUAUAAGUAAGACUAUUUCAGGUUAAGUACAAUAUUUUCUACUCCUGCAUGGGAAUUUAAAAUACACAAAAAUGGUCAAAUUAUUAUAAUCAGUCACACCGGUCGAGCAAAAAUGGUUCAGCUGCAGAGCAAAGAGUUUUUGUUGUGCUAAAUUAUACGCUCAAAAUACUACAUAUACAGGGUGUCUCAAAAAAACCCAAAAUCAUUGAAAUUGACGUAUUGUUCGAUAUUCAAUGCCCUAGCACUAAGUUAAUCCCACGAGUGCAUAAAAGAUUGACAUAACUGCUAUAAUGAAUGGUAAUACUCAGCGUAAACUUGUUAUGUCAGGCAUAAAGUACUAAACCCACGAAUGCAUAUUACGCAUAUUACAAUUUACGAAGCAUUUUUAAAUUCCCAUGAGCAAACAAACGUUCACUUUACAAAGAUAUUUUAAUUUUUUAAAACAAAUUAAUCACCCUGUCAAAAUCCUUUGUGUUACGGCAUUGAAAUUCGAACAAUACGUUAUUUCAAUGAUUUUGGGUUUUUUUGAGACACCCUGUAUAGGCAGCGUUUACACUGUACCGUUUUCGUAGCGUUCUCGUAUUGUUCUUAAUCCUCAAGGGAACGCAAGACAAUAGUCUAGUUCUCUCGAACAAUACGAGAACGCUACGACAACGGUACAGUGUAAACGCUGCCUUAAGUUAACUCAAAAUACAGGGUGUAUAAAAAAAAACGCAACCUCGGAAUUUCCUAAGAAAUCACUUUGCAAUUCUUAAGCAUAAAAGAUUUUAGGCCCCUGGGAAUUGAAAUAGCAUUGCUAAUAGAUCAUAUUACUGUUGUUGUGCAUUAAAUAAAUGCAUAAAUUUUGCUUUAUGCACUCGCGUGUGCAGUAAUUUUGACAGUUGUGCUAUUUUAAAUUCCCAGGCGCCUAAAAUCUUUUGUCUUUAAAACAAUGUCGAUUUCUUGGGAAAUUCCGAGGUUGCGUUUUUUUUUAUACACCCUGUAUAUGCAUAAAAUUCGAUUCAAUUGUGUUUACGCAUUCAUUGAAAUAACGUAUUGUUCGAAUUUCAAUGCCGUAACACAAAGGAUUUUGACAGGGUGAUUAAUUUGUUUUAAAAAAUUAAAAUAUCUUUGUAAAGUGAACGUUUGUUUGCUCAUGGGAAUUUAAAAAUGCUUCGUAAAUUGUAAUAUGCGUAAUAUGCAUUCGUGGGUUUAGUACUUUAUGCCUGACAUAACAAGUUUACGCUGAGUAUUACCAUCCAUUAUAGCAGUUAUGUCAAUCUUUUAUGCACUCGUGGGAUUAACUUAGUGCUAGGGCAUUGAAUAUCGAACAAUACGUCAAUUUCAAUGAUUUUGGGUUUUUUUGAGACACCCUGUACAGGGUGUAUCAAAAAAACCGCAACCUCGGAAUUUCCCAAGAAAUCGACGUUGUUUUAAGGACAAAACAUUUUAGGUGCCUGGGAAUUUAAAAUAGCACAACUGUCAACAUUAGUGCACACACGAGUGCAUAAAGCAAAAUUUAUGCAUUUAUUUAAUGGACAACAACAGUAAUAUGAUCUAUUAGCAAUUCGAUUUCAAUUCCCAGGGGCCUAAAAUCUUUUAUGCUUAAGAAUUGCAAAGUGAUUUCUUAGGAAAUUCCGAGGUUGCGUUUUUUUUUAUACACCCUGUAUACAGGGUGAGUAAAAAAAAACUGACACCUUUGUUAUUCAAAUUAGCCGCGAAGGUAUCAGUUUUUUUUUUACUCACCCUGUAGUAAUAAGGCAUUCAAAUUCCAACAAAGACUUGAUUUCAAAAGGUAUACCUUUUUUUUUGAGACACCCUAUAAUUUGUGAAAGUUCUCCAGAUUGAUAAUGACUUUUAUUGAGCUUUCAACUUGGUAGUUUGAGUCUUCAUCAGAAUUAUUUUACAAUUAAUGAGUUUGAAAUUUCGUGCUGUUGUUUGCGUUCUUGUAUACAUCAGGAGCGUGUGAUUGGUUGUUCGCUUGACGAUGAUCCCAUUUCAUUGGUGGUUACUGCACGAUGUAUUAAUGUUGCAUUAAUCUCCUUGUUGAUGGUAUCAUUAGAAUGAUUGGAAUGCGACUUUCUGGAUGUGAGAGGAAGUGUUGUUGGCAAUAAUUUGUGUUAGUGUUCGUAUUAUUGUUAGUAGUGGUAUUAGCCGUCUUUUUUAGUUGAAGUUAGAUCGGAGUUGGAAUGUCAACGUGUCGGUUGAUUGUGUUAUUGUCCAUGCUGUGCCAUGCUUCUUUGAAUUCGCGUGCAUCUUUAGUUUGUGCUUGUCCUAGUAGUUCAGUGUGUGUCCAGUUAAAUGUAUGACAAUUGUCGUAUGUUUGUACAACGGGAAGCAGGGCCGUAGGAAGAUGAUUAAAGUUGAUUGAUGGCUUAACCGCGGGCCCGCCGCAGGGGGUCCGGGGGCAUGCCAACCUCGGGAAAAUUUUUUGAAUUUCAACUCUCUGAAACACGUUUUCCUGCAUUUAGGGGUUAGAUUUACUUCGAGUUUUACAAUAAAAUAUUAUGAUCAUAAACAACAUCAUUUUGAUAUAUCUACACUUUCUUAGCCAAUGUCAGAGUAUUUUUUGUAGACUAGUUUUGUAGAUGUAUUGUCUUUAAAGUAAACUAUUUAGGUGCAGGUUUCUUAUCAUGGCCUUAUUAGAAUUUUGACGAAGCAGCAGCCAACUUAAUUGUACGCAUGCAGAAGAGCGCGAGGUGGCGCUUACAGGUCACCGUAGUAAAGUUAACUUUCCAACUUCAGUCCCUGUAUCUUCCGAGCUUUGGGAUAGAGCUGGGGCAAAGAAGGGUUCAAUCUUCCUCUGCAUCAUACAUCUGUAUUAAGCAAACUCAAAACGUGCAUGUGCAACUGUGCAUUCACUUCGAGAUUCACUUAGAAAUUAGAAUUUUUAGCGGGCUCAGCCCUCUGCUUCUAAAAGUUAGCCCGCUGCCUCCGUGGUUCCUACGGCCAUGACGGGAAGUGACCUACGGUCGUUGAAGUGACCUACGGUCGUAUCGUUUUAUGGCGUUUUUUGUUCAGUUAUCCGUGUCUCAAUCUUUUUUGAGGUUUGGCCAAUGUAUCGUUGUUGACAGUCUCUGCAAGGUAUCAUCUUAUAUAUUUUCAGGUAGUUGCAUCCCUACCAACGAAAGCUAACUUAUCAUAUAUAUUGCGUUUCGUGUUUCUACAGUGCUUGUUUUAUCUUUGUGUUCUGUGAAGUAUGAUCUAAGGGACCGGUCAUAAAGUAACUGCUAGGGUGAGCUGGAGUGAUUUGGGAUGGGCUAUGGAAAAUCUUUGGGCAGUUUCGAUGGGCCACCAAUUUUUUUGUAUGUCCACGGUUGGCCCACCAAACAAAAAACCAUAUGGGCAUGCUUGUCUACUUCAAAAAAUAAAGAUAAAAAUAAACAAAACUAUCCAAAUUAUCAAAUGCAAAUGAUGCUAUUGAAGCCAGUACUUUGUUUAUACAACAACAAGAAGUGGUCGAAUCACAGCAAAUACAACCAACUGAAGAGCAGCUCAGUAUGAAUUAAUGUGUUGGUCAAGCUUGGUGGAAUUAUGUAUGUCAAUACAGUGCCGUGUAUAUUUACAAUGUUCAUACCUGCAAGUUUUUUUUAUAAAAAGUGUAUUUUCCCAAUUUAGAUUGGGUGGGUCAUGAAAAUUUUUUUGUAAGAUUAGAUGGGCUUUGAAAUUUUUAUCUACAUCCUAAGAUGGGUCACCGAACUUAUUGGCAAAAUUUGUGAUUUACCUCCAGCUAGCCCACCCUAGCAGUUACUUUAUGACCAGUCCCUAAGUUUACGAGUCGGUUUGUGUGCUACAUCAAUGCUAAAAGGUCGUAGUAGCCUUCAUGGAGGUCAUUUCAGAUGUACUGUUUGUAUAUAUAACGUUGGUUCUCAUGUUUGUUUUGUGAUUUCUUGUGGGUUGUAGGUGACUUGGUUAGUUGGUUAGUUGCAUGGUUAGUGCUUUGUUGAUAAAAUUCCUUGGGUAUAGUUGUUCUUGAUAAAGUUGAGUAAAGUUAUAUAGUUACGCUCUGCUUGUUUUGCGUGUUCUAUGUUACAGUGCUUGUGUAUAUCAAUUCAGUUGAAUAAGGUUUUUAUACAACUUAUUUUGUGUUGAGUGGGAUAUGGUUACUGUUGUAGUGAACCUUCGGUUUGUAUUGUGUCGUCAUCAUGCAGUUAUUGUCAAAAAAACGUCGAGGAAAGCGAGUUGGUUGUUUUGUUCUUCUUCUUCCAUAGUAAAUGUAAUGUUUUCUGUAGUUUUGUUUAUGGUCGAUCUGCAUGCACAGUUUCGUUUGUCUUGUCUUUCCUUCUUUACUGUAGCAAGAACGUCAUCUGCAUGCAGUACAUAUCUAUCCCAUGCAUUUUUUAUAUAGGAAACAUGCAUAAUUUCGAAAGCUUAUUAUAAUAAAUGAAAUUAAUAUAUAAUACCCGAAGUCACGUGGCAGUGCAUUUAAAUACAAAUAUAUAGCCUAAAGCCCCGUUUACACGAGCACAUUUUAUUUGACAAAUUUCAUAUGUCAAAGAUAUUUUGCUCGUGUAGAUAAUACAUUCGUGACAAAUUUAUUGUGACAAAUGCAUUUCAACAAAAGCUAGCAUGCUAGCUUUUGAUCAAAUGCAUUUGUCAUAUUAAAUUUGUCAAAUAAAAUUUGCUCGUGUAAACGGGGCUUAAGAGUUUUGCUGUUGUAUCAGAGAUCACAAAGCCUUUCUUGCGGCCGGCAUAUGUAGCUAAAAAAAUGGCAUGCAAUUAAUAGUGAUUUGUAAUCUUCAUGCAUGCACAUCAAGUUUAAUAAUCAAAUUGCUCCAGCCGGUUUUUAGCAGAUUAUUCUGACAUUUAAUUAACUGGAUUUUUAGGGUGAUCUGAUUGAGAAGAACGUACUUGACUAUAUACAUCCUGAAGACAAAUUAAUUCUGAUGAGGAAGCUAUCCGAACAUAGCGGAACGGGUAAAAUAUAAGUAAAAGAAAUUUAAUCUUAGUUUGCAUUUAUGUAUUGCAAUAUACUUGCUGUUAGCCUACGUCGUAAUAUAUAUAUAUAUGAUUUGGUGUGGAUGCGUAUCAAGCCUAUACUCAGAAAAGUUCCGAGCCCUAACGGGUAUUGAGAAUCGGGAAAGUAAUCCAUGAUUAGCGCGGAUAUACAGGUUAAAUCAACAAAACAAUAAAACAUGGCCGUAUUUUAGCUUAAUAUGUACCUGAUCUGUUGUCAUUUGUUCGAGUGCUCGAAAUUUACGGUUUUUAAGGAUGAUAUUGAACAUUUGUCCCUCAUCAACCCCUCAUUUGCAUGCAUGUAUUAUCGAAAUCACUAGAGUGGUAAAUUUGUCCCGCGAGAUUUGCACGCGCGGGGUUGAUUUUAUGUACCACGUGAUGAACUUUUUGAACACCUCGUGACCGCUUCGAAACUUUCAACGUCAACGGUGUUCGUAAACAAUCUGCGAUGUUUGACAGGGAUUGUCAGGGAAUAUUGCUUGUAAAAAAUAUUUUGAUUAUGCGAAUUGUAAUUCUAAAGUUCUGAAAAGAACUAUAAACGCCCAAGCAUUUUAGAACUACAAAUUAAGGUAAAGAAAAAGUAUUUACUGCAAAUCUUACACCUCAGUGUGCUUGUCUUUAUUAACGGUGCUGAAUAUUUUAUUGCAAUAUAGCCAAACAACCUGAAUAUUCGCGUAUUUUGUGACGUCAGUUCAAGAAUGUUAUCUACUCGACCUUCACUUCUUGAAACAUAGUCAAAAGUAUUACUAUUAAAGAGCUCUAAAAUCAUUCAUUAUAGCGCCAAUUCCACUAGAACAUCGCAGAUUGUUUACGAAGCAAAUACGAAGUUACGAACACCGUAGAAUGUUUCGAAGCGGUCACGAGGUGUUCAAAAAGUUCAUCACGUGGUACAUAAAAUCAACCCAGCGCGUGCAAAUCUCGAGGGACAAAUUUACCACUCUAGUGAUUUCGAUAAGUAUGAUUGCCGUAAGUAAGUAAGAGUCGCGAUUUAGAGGCAUUUAUCAUUUUUACACUCUGUUAUAUUGUAUUUACCACGUUCUUUGGACACCUGGUUAUAUCCGUUGUCUUCAUCUGAACCAUAAUACGUUGAACAGUGUUAGAAACAAAGACGGGAGCGGGAAGUUGGGAUCAAGGCAAGGCGGGAUAAUGGAAUUUGAAGUGAAAAUUUGUUGGUAUGGCGGGAUUUUGGAACCCGGUUGAGGUCUCAUCAACAAUUAUUUAAUUAAUUAAAUCCAUGUCAGGGCUUUUUAUGAUUAAAAUUUAAGAAUAUUAGAUGGCCAAAUGGUACAAAUGCAUGGUCCGUCACAGCAUAGACAGUCCAGAAGACAUGUUUUCUGGAGGUUAAUAUAAAUACAGAUGCAGAUAGAAGGUGUUUACCUGCAUGCCCAGCAUAACUGAUAUACUGAACUUACUACUUUUUACAGGGGUUAUAGUUGAUACAGUUAAAGAGGUUAAAUUGUGCAUAUACCUGUAUGUACAUGCAUGUUCACAUGGUCAAUGCGACCAUGUGAACAUGACUUUGUAUGCACCAUUUUAACCUGCUAUUAUAUAACUGUAUGUGAACAUGUAUGCAUAAUUUAACCUGCUUUCAACUAUAUCAACUAACGUAUAUACCCGCUGGCGCUGCACGUAAAAAUCAGUAUACGUUCAGUAUAUUAUUAAUUAUGUUGGGCAUGCAGGUAAAGCAAUGCGCUUUAUUGAGCAAGUGUAUAUAGAGCAAGUUAACAUGCAUGAAACCAAAAAUCCUAAAAGAAAUUAUAUUCGUAUAUGUUUUGUGUACGUAACGAGAAUAUGUAAAUAAUACACAUUUAAUAUUUAUAUAACUAUUCAGUUUAAUUUUUCAGGAAUUGCAAGGAUUUCUGGCAGUUCAUUGUUUUACAUCCGAUUCAAAGCGAAAGUUCAUGGGAAAGCAGUUUAUGACACUUUACGUUGCUGUGGAUAUUUCAGUCCGGUCAAAGAAGGUAACCUCCAUGAUAGAUUUCGACCACGUUUGGUUGUAUCGGUACAAAAUUACAAAAUUUAA